UGCAGUCAGUAUCCCUGCCAGCUCGCUGGAAUAGACACAGGCACAGAUUGGAUCAUGCAAAAAACAUUCCUGCCCAGUGAAGUCAUGCUGUUUGUAUUUUAAGUUCGCCGGGACUAAUGAAUUAAAAGCCUUGAACUCCCGUGGUUUGUCACUUUUUUUUCUUUCCCUAAGACUGUGACAGGCGGAUUUUUCCCCCCCAUCUUUUCUUUUUUACCCCCAGAGCAUGACAACAUACAAAGCCACGGGAAGGAACGGAAAGUGGGAUAAGGGGAGAGAAGCAGAAAAAGACAGUGAUUCAUUUGUUUUUUGUUAAUAAAAAGCAGAGCCAGCUAGCCUUGCAGGUAGCCGAACGUUGCGCUGCUGACAGCUGUUCCAGCCUUUCAUUCGCUGUCAGUGUUGCUAUGCAGCAGGUGCAGACUUACUCUGUAUUGACUUCUUCCUCCAUAAAGACAAGCACCAGCCAAGGAAGUGGCUGACCUAGGAUUACCGAAGUGCAGACACACUCGGCUGAGUGAGUAUUAUUCCAGAUAAGGUGGUAGAAGCCAUUGUAUCCACAUGAUCACCACCGCCAGAAUCCCUGCCGAUAAACCCGUGCGGAUUUCGUUCCGUCUUAAUGACUCUACAGAUGAAUCGUCUGCAGAGACCUCCUUCCCCCUCUCCUUCCCAAAUCUAGAUCAGCAGCUUCAGCCUCUUCCGCCAUGUAACACUUCCAAGGAGUCCAUGCAGGUGUUUAAACAGCACUGCAAAAUUGCAGAGGAGUACCACCAAGUGAAGAGAGAAAUCGCGCUCCUAGAAGAAAGGAAAAAGGAGCUAAUCGCCAGGCUGGAUCAAUUCGAAAAUUCAGAUGUUUCUCACUUAGCGGAAGAGUACGAGGACCUCAGCAAGGAGAACCACAGCCUCAACCUGGCUCAUUCCCGCUGCAAAGAGCAACUAGAGAAACUGAAAAUCCAGUAUCAGAAACGUCAGGGGUCGUCCUAACAGUAACCUGACACACAGCCUGGUACAAAGUCAUCAACACACCAGCACUUUUAUUUAAAAAAAGAAAAAGUGAAUGUGUCGCAACAACUUACGCAACACUUACUCAGUGAUGCAUAAGUGGCGGCACUAUCAGUAGUGAAGGACAGAGAUUGAGAGCAACAUUGGAGUGUACUUACUAGCACACUACAGAUGUACAGCAACCCAAAGCAACACCCUAACAUUUAGGUUUGACACCUUCAGACAAUAAUCAGACAAUAAGAUUAUACAACAAAACACAGACCCGCACAUUUUAUUUUUGCGCGCAAGUGCGCCCCGACCGAUUACCUGCCUAGCGCAUUUCAAAGCUGUGUGUGUUUGUCUUUUGAGAUACAGCCCCCUUUAGCUUCAUUUAUGUCUUAAAUUAUUCCUGGGUUGAGAAGUGGAUAUUGUGAAUGUCUUAUUACGUGACUUCUGUGUGUUUUAUUAUGUUGGUCGCAGGGCAUCUACAGAAGUGCAGCCGGACCUGCAGAGAUUACAGAAAAAGUAAGGGCCUCAUUCAGUCUGUCGCAGAACCGUCUGCGAGUACGGAUGUCUGCGGCAGCCAGAGUUACUAACUUAUGCUAAUGUAUAUAUCUGUCCAUCUAUGCAAGUACCUGGCAGCCUUCAUGCAGCUCCCCGUUUUCCCAUCCAUAGCAGUCCCUAUUAGAAUUUUAAUCUAAUUUAAAUAACAUCCUCCAGCAAAAUGAAAAUUGUGCAUAUUGAGGCAUUAAGUAGAGUUAGCAAUGAACACCUUCAGUGUGCUACCCACUCCUUCCACUGGGUGGCGCAGCAGAGACAGAGAACCAUAUCUUGCAAAUGAAUGCACUUCCUAUUAAUGGGGGUCAUUCCGAGCUGAUCGCACACUGCCGAUUUUUUGCAGUGCAGCGAUCAGGUUACUACUGCGCAUGCAUAUGCACCGCAAUGCGCACGCGCGUCGUACGGGUACAAACAGCAUCGUUGCUGUGCAAUGCUUCUAGCGACGAAUCCAUUCGCACAGCCGAUCGCAAGGAGAUUGACAGGAAGAGGGUGUUUAUGGGUGUCAACUGACCGUUUUCUGGGAGUGGUAGGGAAAACGCAGGCGUGUCCAGGCGUUUGCAGGGCGGGUGUCUGACGUCAGUUCCGGGACCGGACGGGCUGAAGUGAUCGCAAGGGCUGAGUAAGUUCAGACCUACUCUGAAACUGCAAAAAACGUUUUCGUCCCUUUCGGCUGCACAUGCGAUCGCACACUUGCAAAGAGAAAAUACACUCCCCCGUGGGCGGCGACUAUGCGUUUGCACGGCUGCAAAAAGUAGCUAGCGAGUAAUCAACUCGGAAUGGGGGCCAGUAUCGGGUGCACUCGGACAAAAAAGGAUAUUUGCGCUUCGCACCUCCGCACUAAUGAGCCUUAAAGAGUGUAAACCUCAGGCUGGUUGCUAUGGGUUUUUGCACUUUUGAAUUUUGUUUGUAAAUAACCUCUAUGAUCUUUAUUUAAAGGUGAAGUAUAAUAAACACAAAUAAUUUUAAUAUGUUACAUGAAAUUAAAUAUAAAGUGAACAUUGUGUGCUUGGAAACACAGCCGUCAUUUGUAUAAUAUUUAUUGGUUUAUUCGGAUGCUCCCCAACAUGGAAACAUUUCACAGGUUACAGGAAGGUAAUACUCGAGCAACUUAAAGGAAUAAAUCAAAUCAUAAUAAUAAUUUCUUUCAUUAAAAAAAAACAAAAAAUAGUAAGUAUGAUUCUAUUUAAUUUUAUACAACAUAUGAAAAGUUAUAUGCUAGGAAAAUGUAUUAUUUAAAUGUAAUGGUAAUUUAAUGAAACCUGACUUAUUUGAUUAAUUAUAAACCUGUGAAUGUGUUUUUUUUUCUUUCUCUUUCUUCUAAACAGAAUUAAUUUUUAGAGAUACUGUAUGUACGUCAGCUGCUGUGAGCUGUGGCACUAUGUUUAGUGGCACUUACACGUCUCGCCCUAUAAUUUCCAGGUGUAUACUCUUAUUGGGGAGUAGACUGUCAAAUGUGGGAAUGUUAUCUAUCUACGGGGGUCAUUCCGAUUUGAUCGCUAGCAGCAUUUGUUCGCAGCGCAGCGAUCAGGCAAAAAAAAUGGCAGUUCUGCACAUGCGUAUGCGGCACAAUGCGCACGCACGACGUACGGGCACAACGAAUUAUGUCGUUUUGCACAGGGUCUAGCGAUGCAUUUCGGUCGCACUGGUUGUCGCAGAGUGAUUGACAUGAAGUGGGUGUUUCUGGGUGUCAACUGACCGUUUUCAGGGAGCGUUUGGGAAAACGCAGGCAUGCCAGAAAAACCGCAGGCGUGGCUGGGCGUUCGCUGGACGGGUGUGUGACGUCAAAUACGGAACUGAAUAGGCUGAAAUUAUCGCAAGCGCUGAGUAGGUUUUGAGCUACUCUGAAACCACACAAACAUUUUUUGCAUGCGCUCUGCGAUACAUUCAUUCGCACUUCUGCUAAGCUAAAAUACACUCCCCAGUGGGCGGCGACAUAGCGUUUGCACGGCUGCUAAAAACUGCUAGCGAGCGAUCAACUCGGAAUGACCCCCAAUGUACCUGUCACCUACACAAAGUUAACUCAGCCAUUCUGUGGAAUUAAUUAAUUUUCAGCCUUUCAAUUCACUAGUAACCUCAAUGAGGUACAGUGGGCCUAAUUCAGAUCUGUUCGCUUGCUAUCAUUUUUCGCUGUGCAGUGAUCAGGUAACUACUGUGCAUGCGUAUGCACCGCAAUGCGCAGGCGCGCCGUAUGAUUACAAAGUGGAUCGUUGCUGUGCACUGGUUCUAGCGAAGAUACCAUUCGCACAGCCGUUCGCAAGGAAGAGGGCGUUUGUGGGUGGCAACUGACCGUUUUCUGGGAGUGGUUGGAAAAACGCAGGCGUGUCAAAGCGUUUGCAGGGCGGGUAUCUGACGUCAAUUCCGGCCUCGAAUAGGCUGAAGUGAUCGAAGUGGCUGAGUAAGGUCAGAGCUACUUGGAAACGGCACAAGCUGUUUUUGUACAAGGCGGCUGCACAUGCGUUCGCACACUUGCAAAGCUAAAAUACACUCCCCUAUAGGAGGCGACUAUCUGAUCGAUGCGCUGCAAAAAAUAGCGAGUGAACAGAUCUGAAUUAGGCCCCCGUGUGCAUCAUGGCUCAGUGAUGUCCCUAGUUUCUAAUGAAUUGGUAGGCUGCUUUCCCAUGAAUGUUGGUGAGUAGGUGGGGGAACAGUAAAAAUCAUCACACCUUUAUACAUUGUUUUAAUAUUAGUCUGCAUAAGUAUAAUUCACUGGUGUACACAUGUUAAAUUAUACACUGAAUGUGAGAGGACAAUUACAAAAAUUAUUAUUAAAGGUUAUCUUCUUGGUUUUUA